CGCCCCCCGACCCCGCUCGUCACCGACCAGACUGCCCGGCGCCCGAGUGGACACUGGGGUCCCGGGGUCGCGGAGCCCCCCCUCCCCGCCGCCUGCGCCCUGGUGCCCGGCGCGUGUUUGUUGAGUGACUGCGCGUGCGGACGUCCCCACCCCGCCGGGGCCGCGCGGUUUUGGAACCUGGGUUCGCUUUCCGGAGGUCAGGGAGGUUCCUGGUGGGAUCCCGGCCGGGCUGCGAGGCGGCCCAGGGAUGCCCAAGAAGUUCCAGGGCGAGAACACCAAGUCGGCGGCGGCCCGGGCGCGCAGGGCGGAGGCCAAGGCGGCGGCGGACGCCAAGAGGCAGCAGGAGCUGGAAGAUGCCUACUGGAAGGACGAGGACAAGCACGUGAUGCGGAAGGAGCAGCGCAAGGAGGACCGGGAGCGGCGGCGCCUGGAGCAGCAGCAGCGGCGCAAGGAGGCGCAGCGGCUGCUGGAGGAGGAGGACUCCCGGCUCCCGGGCGGCCGGGCCCCGCGCGCCGCGCCCGCCAAGCCCACGCGCGCGCAGAUCGAGGACGCGCUGCGCCGCGAGGCCGCGGAGCCAGCUGAGAAAGCGCGGAGCCACCUGGAGCUGCCGCUGGAGGAGAACGCGAACCGGCGCGUGCCCGAGGAGGGCAGCGUGGACGCGCGCACCGUGGAGGACGCCAUCGCGGCGCUCAGCGUGCUGGACGAGGCGGACCGGCACCCCGAGCGCCGCAUGCGCGCCGCCUACACGGCCUUCGAGGAGGCGCAGCUGCCGCGGCUGAAGCAGGAGCGACCGAACCUGCGGCUGUCGCAGCUCCGGCAGCUGCUCAAGAAGGAGUGGCUGCGCGCGCCCGAGAACCCGCUGAACCGGCGCGCGGCGGCCUACAACGCCCCCAAGUGAGGGGGGCACAGUCCCUCCCCCCGGACCCGCCCGCCCCCAGCGCCUGCGUGCGCAGACCCAAUAAAGCGGUCGGCCAGGCCGGGGGGGCCCUUGUGACUUGUCCCUGCGUGGGCCCCGGGCGCGGGGAGGGGCCGCACACCUGCGAGGGGGCGUGGUGCCAUCACAGCCCUCACCCCGGGACCCUCCCGCCCCCAGCGCCUGCGUGCGCAGACCCCAAUAAAGCAGUGAGCCAGGCCCAGA